AGAAUUUGGUGCAAGUGCAUUUGCCAGUAGGCCAAUGGCAAGGUGGUCAUGGUUCGGAAAAGGCAGAUGGCAGGCCUAUUCCGAAGCUACAAGCAGGACUUCAUCAUAGAGAAAGCACAGCUUGUUAUCGCUUCUAGUGAAUGGCGCUGCUUUCGCGGUUGGUGGUUGCCAGGAUACUUGAGGACGCGCACCAAGAGGGCCAUUCAAGUGUCCGUAUCUCGCUGAAGCAUGAUGACUACAAUGUCGAUCUUCAGACAAUGCAGCAGGCCAGCGCUACACAGCCCAGCAAGUCACGGUCCGUUCGGCGAGAGGACACCGAGGUGUCCAGCCAGGCAUCGACUUCCGGCAGAUCAAGCUUCACCUUGUCAAACUUGACCAGAUCCCUAUCUGAGGCCUCGCUCGAUUGGGCGCAGAGGCCCUGCUGCACUGUGGCUUCGGGCGAUGAGAAGCUGUCAGUUCAGCGGCAAUUCAGCGACAAGUGGGACAAAAACACAGGGCCACUGCCAAACAUUGGCCAGAUCUACAAAAUCCACGUGAUUGCGUCUGUGGAGGAGCGCUUCAGGAGGUGCUGCGAGGAGAUCGGGGAUGUGCCAGUUUUCGGCCAUGGCGAGAGUCCGGGAAACCAGCAGCGCAGGUUUCACGGCACGAGACAGACGUGCAACUUCAACGGCCAUCCCUGUGACUCUGGAGACUGCCCGGCCUGCAGCAUACUGCAUACUGGCUUUAGCGUGGACUUCAUUGGCAGCACCUCAGGCAACAGGGGCUACUAUGGCGCCGGGAUCUAUUUGACCUCAUGGAGCAGUACUGCGCGAGGGUACGGAGGUUCUGAGAACGUGAUUAUCGUCACCCAGGUGGCAGCUGGCAUGGUUGAAGUUGUGCGCCAGAGGACGACUGCUGCCAUUCCUGAGGGCUGCCACAGCAGAGUCGCCAACAAAAGCUCGGGGAAAGACGAGCUUAUGGUGCCUUUGCCAGCACAAUGCCUGCCACUGUUUCUCAUCAUAUUUUGAUUUGGGCGCGUC